AUGCUGGAGGGCUCGGAGGUGGGACGGCACUCGCCGCCCCGGCCGCAGCAGGAGCCCAUCAAUCUCAAGAAUGAGCAGGCGGAAUCGGACCGCGAGAGCGGCGCGAGCUCGCCGGAGGGCGGCGGGCGGCAGCUAGCCGAGGCACGUUCUCCAUCACCACCGCGUGCUCGCACGCCGCACCACCAGCCGCACUUGAAUGGCUCCAUGGCGUCGAUGUUCCAAAACCUGCAAAAUUUGGCAAACAUGCAGCAGAACAUGCCGUCGAUGUCACAGCAGCAAAUGUCGCAGCAGAUGUCGCAACAAAUGUCGCAGCUGGCUGCCAACCUGCAGGGGCUUACCUCCAUGCCCUCAAAUCCGGUCAUCAACUCACCUCUUAACCUCAGCGUUAGUGCUCCAGGCAUGGGAUCACCGAACCCUGUAGGGAACAGUAAUAUGCUGCCUCCAGCAAUGCCUUCCCCGAUGCCGCAGCUCAUCCUCGCUUCGGGACAGCUGGUCCAGGGCAUCCAAGGUGCUCAACUCCUUAUUCCCACAUCACAAGGUAUCGCGACGCAAACCAUCCUUACGAUACCGGUCAAUCAUGUGAACUCGAAUGACCAAAUGGUAAAUCUGGCAUUGAACAAUGGCCAAGUUGUAUCCACGUCGCUCGCCAACCUCCAAGCGAUGGCCCAACCUCACCAGCUCCUCAACUCCAAUCCGCAACAAACAGCGAACAUUCGACCAAACAUGUUAAACCCAACAUUGCAGAAUGCGCUACUGAAUCCGGGCUUGCCAAACUUCUUGACAAACGGCGCGACCAAUGCGCAAGAGUUGCUCCAAGCGUUACAGCAGCCGCAAGGCAAUCACAAUCUUCUGCAGACGGUGCAACAGAACAAUUUACCGCAACAGAUGCAAGGACGUCGCUCGUCGUCGCCACGCCCAGAUAGACAUUACAAAGAAAGAGAGAACUUUGACAGAUUUGGUGGAGGUCCCAGGGAUAGAAAUGAAAGGGAUAAUUCUGGUGCUGCUGCUUUAAACAGUAUUAACAGGCUCGCUGCGUCUAACGGCGAAAUCACAAUCACGACGUCGCACGCGAGCGGCGUACCGAGCAGCGCGACGAGCGGCUCGGGCAGCGGCUCGGCACCCAACGCAUCGCCACACGCGCCGGUCAAGCUGUCGCCAGGCUCAGUGAAAUCGCCCUCGCAGGAUGACUCCGAUUUACUUGCCGAUUCACCAAAUCAACCCACAAUCAGUCAAUCCUCGGGUAACGUAGUCGACGGCAUCAACUUAGAAGACAUCAAGGAGUUUGCAAAGGCCUUCAAACUAAGGCGGCUCGGUUUAGGCCUCACCCAGACACAAGUGGGCCAGGCUCUGUCUGUCACUGAAGGUCCAGCGUAUAGCCAAAGCGCUAUUUGCAGUGCCCUGGCUUCGCAGAUGCUAGCAGCUCAGCUGUCUUCACAGCAACAAAACAUAUUUGAGAAAUUGGAUAUAACACCAAAAAGUGCGCAGAAAAUCAAACCGGUGCUUGAACGUUGGAUGAAGGAAGCCGAAGAGAGGUACGCAUCAGGACAGAAUCACCUGACGGAUUUCAUCGGCAUGGAGCCAAGUAAAAAGCGUAAACGACGGACUUCGUUCACUCCUCAAGCAUUGGAACUGCUAAACGCCCACUUUGAGAGAAACACGCAUCCUUCUGGCACAGAAAUCACUGGCUUGGCGCAUCAAUUAGGCUACGAACGAGAAGUUAUCAGAAUAUGGUUCUGCAACAAACGUCAAGCUCUAAAGAACACAGUUCGGAUGAUGUCCAAGGGAAUGGUUUAA